UCCGCACUCCGCACUCCGCACUCUCUCCUACUUUUGCUCGUCGCUGUCUCGCUCACCAACGAAAGGUAAUCCCCAAGACUUGUCCGAAGCGCCACCCUCGCCCCCACGACUGGCGCUUCCGAGUUCCGACCAUCCACGGCUUCGCUCUUCAGUGCGGAGGAGACUAGCCCUCGGUUUCUUGAAGAAGAGGAGAGGGGGAGAUGGUGUUCAAGGGGCGCUUCUUCUCCUCCAAGAAGUCGGACUCCUCGUCCAGCCCCGACGGAUCCCCCUCCACAGCUAGAUCCGACAAGAAGAAGGCCAAGUCCAACGACACCGCCGCCUCCACCCCCCGUCACACCCUCAUCAAGGAUGCCGUCGAGAAGCACCACCUGCAGCAGCAGCAGAAGAAGAAGGGUAAUGAUGGGAAGGAUUCCAAGGGCAAGGAGGCUGUCCAUGCCCCCUCCCCCAAGCCCUCCCCUCCGCCCGCCGCAUCUUUCUCCGCCCCCGCCAAGCUCCGGAAAGGGCCGGCGGCGGCCAAGGACGGGGCCGGGCCAGCGGCGGCGUCCCUCUCCCCGAUCCUGGCCUCCUCACUCGGCCUAAACAGGAUCAAGACUAGAUCCGGGCCGUUGCCGCAGGAGGGUCUGCGCGUGGAGCAUGGGAUGUCGGGUCCCGGGAGUAGCAACUUGUCUAGAGGCACCAACGGCACUGCCUCAUCAUCGGCUUUGUCGACUUCGAUGGCCAGAGGAAAGAGUGGUGGUGUUGGCAGUAGCGGUGCAAAGAAGGAUGGAAGGGCCCUAGACAAGGUCCCCGAGUCGUCUACUAGCUCCUGGGUUAAUCGUGGUGGUGGUGGUGCCAAGCAGUGGUCCACGGCUAGCGCGGAUACUCCAUUCGGGUGGCAGAUUAAUAAUGGUGAAGCUAAUUUAUCAUGGAACAAAUUUGAGAAAUUAAAAAAUAAUGCUACAUUUCCUUCGGCAGUAGAGUCACAAUAUGAUGCUUGUGAAACUCCAAAGGAGUCUGAAUCUCCCCGCUUUAAAGAAAUAAUGCAGGCUACCAGUGCUCCCAGGAAGAAGUUUCCUGGAGAUGUAAAGAGUUUUUCACAUGAACUAAGCUCCAAAGGAGUACGACCAUUUCCAUUUUGGAAGCCUCGAAGUAUAUUCAAUUUGAAGGAAAUCUUGAAAGUUAUUCAGGUGAAAUUUGAGAAAGCAAAGGAAGAGGUGAACUCAGAUCUAGCUAUUUUUGCUGGUGAUUUGGUUAGUAUAAUGGAAAAAAAUCUAGAGAACCAUCCUGAUUGGAAAGAAGUUUUGGAAGAUUUGUUGAUACUUGCUAGGAGCUGUUGUGUUAUGACAGCUGGGGAGUUCUGGCUUCAGUGUGAAGGUAUAGUUCAGGAUUUGGAUGACCGUCGCCAGGAACUUUCUUCAGGAAUACUAAAAAAACUCCAUACUCACAUGCUAUUUAUCCUUACUAGAUGCACUAGAUUACUUCAGUUUCACAAGGAAAGUGGGUUUGCUGAGGAUGAGAUAGCCAUGGAUCCAAGAUCUAAAGUCAUGCAUUUAGCUGAGGUAUCGUCAGUAUCAAUGAAAGAUCGUAAACCUACCAAGGCUGAAGAGAACUCUGUUGAAGCAGUUGUUUCAAGAAUGUCCCGUAGUCAAGAGCAAAAUAAUCUAAAAUGGAAACGAAGCCAGGAGAUAAAGCCUGUUGACUAUUUUUCACAACUUGACAUCGGAAAGUAUGAUUCACCUUCUACAAGGGAAUGCAUGGCUUCUUGGAAGCCUCUACCAUCACCUGCAUCGAAGGACGAAAAAAAAUCUAGCCCCCUUAUAGAUGAAUCACUCAAUGAGAAAGUUGAUUCCUUACACCUGCAAAAGAGUUCAGAGGAAGACUUGAUUUCCUCUAAUCUUGCUGAGCAAACUAGCCCUGUUGAUGCCUCUGUGCAUCCUUCUGUUUCUUCCAAGCAUCAACACAAAUAUUCAUGGGGCUUUUGGGCUGAUCAGCAGAGUAUUUCUGAAGAAGGAUCAAUUAUGUGUCGUAUCUGUGAGGAGUAUGUUCCUACUUUGUUUGUGGAGGAACACUCAAAAGUUUGUGCUGUCGUGGAUCGGUGUGACCAAAAAGGUUUAAGUGUUGAUGAGCGUCUCCUUCGAAUAGCUGAGACACUAGAGAAGAUGAUUGAUUCCUAUACACAGAAAGAUCUACCUAAUGUAACUGGCAGCCCAGAUGUUGCAAAGAUAUCUAAUUCGAGUGUGACUGAAGAAUCUGAUAUUCCUUCUCCAAAAUUAUGUGAUUUGCCCCAGCGAGGUUUGGGUGAUAUGCUUGACUGUCUUCAUGAGGCUGAGAAUCCCCUUCUUUUAGAUGACCUAAAAUAUCUGCCAUCGAUGACGUGCAAGACUCGUUUUGGUCCAAAGUCUGAUCAAGGAGUGGCUACCUCAUCAAUAGGCAGCAUGACUCCUCGGUCGCCUUUAAUGACACCGAGGGCUAGUCAUAUAGACAUGCUUUUGGCAGGGAAGAGUGUAGUUUCUGAGACUGAUGAUCUUCCGCAGAUGAUUGAGCUUGCCGAUAUUGCUCGAUGCAUAGCAAAUACUCCAGUGGAUGAAGAAAGAUCCUUGAAUUAUUUAGUUUCAUGUUUGGAAGAUCUACAAGAAGUUAUGAACCGUCGGAAGCUUGAGGCACUUACAGUUCAAACGUUUGGAACAUGUAUAGAAAAGCUUCAUCGUGAGAAGUACUUGCAGCUUUGUGAUUCAGUAACUUCACUUGACAUGGAAAAGGAUGUUGCAACAAGUUCUGUAAUGGAUGAAGAGGAUGAUGUAGUUCGCAGUUUGAGAGCAAGUCCUGUUCACCCUACCACCAAGGAUCGGACAUCUAUAGACGAUUUUGAAAUUAUUAAGCCCAUCAGUCGAGGGGCAUAUGGUCGGGUUUUUUUGGCCAAGAAAAGAACUACAGGAGAUCUCUUUGCAAUAAAGGUUCUAAAAAAGGCAGAUAUGAUCCGCAAAAAUGCUGUUGAGAGUAUUUUGGCUGAACGUGACAUUCUUAUUACGGUUCGCAAUCCUUUUGUGGUUCGAUUUUUUUAUUCGUUUACUUCACGGGAGAAUUUAUAUCUUGUGAUGGAAUACUUGAAUGGGGGAGACUUGUACUCGCUACUAAGAAAUUUGGGUUGCUUGGAUGAAGAUGUUGCUCUCGUUUACAUUGCAGAAGUUGUCCUUGCAUUGGAAUACCUGCAUUCCUUGCGUGUGGUGCAUCGUGAUCUGAAGCCUGACAAUCUAUUAAUUGCUCAUGAUGGUCAUAUCAAGCUGACUGACUUUGGUCUUUCCAAGGUUGGUCUCAUUAACAGUACGGAUGAUUUAUCUGGUCCUGCUGUUAGUGGGACAUCAUUAUAUGGAGAAGAUGAACCCCAGGUAUCUGCAUCUGAGCAAUUGAAUCAGCGAGAAUGUAGGAAGAAACGGUCUGCUGUUGGUACACCUGAUUAUUUAGCACCGGAGAUUCUUCUGGGAACAGGGCAUGGUGCAAGUGCAGAUUGGUGGUCAGUUGGUGUCAUUCUCUUUGAACUCAUUGUUGGAAUUCCACCCUUCAAUGCAGAACAUCCACAGAAAAUUUUUGACAAUAUUCUGAAUCGUAAAAUACCGUGGCCGCGAGUACAUGAAGAGAUGAGUUUUGAGGCCCAAGAUCUUAUUGACAACUUAUUGACUGAAGAUCCUCAUCAAAGACUUGGAGCCAAUGGUGCAUCAGAAGUCAAGCAACAUGUGUUUUUCAAAGAUAUAAAUUGGGACACACUUGCAAGGCAGAAGGCUGCAUUUGUUCCUUCAUCGGAUAAUGCCUUUGAUACCAGCUACUUCACUAGCCGUUUUUCUUGGAAUCCAUCAGAUGAACAGAUAUAUGAAACCAGUGAAUUUGAAGAUUCUAGUGAUAAUGGAAGCAUAAGUGGAAACAGUAGUUGCUUAAGCAACCCCCAUGAUGAACUGGGUGAUGAGUGUGGAGGUCUUGCUGAGUUUGAUUCCAGUACAUCCGUCAAUUAUUCAUUUAGUAACUUCUCUUUCAAGAAUCUAUCACAGCUUGCAUCAAUCAACUAUGAUCUACUCAGCAAAGGUUGGAAGGAGGAUCCACUACCAAAAACCGGAACUUAAAUUGUGUUCCUUUGCAAGUUGUUUCAUUUGGACAAUUUCUUAGAGAACUUCGUCUUAUGUACAUCUUGUAAAUAUGCAGGUUCAGGACAACUCCAGGCUGGUGUUUUUCACCUUGUGGGCCAGUUUCCCAAUGGCUGCCUACAAUUUUAGCGGAACGGUGAGUCCUUUCUAGUUAUUGUUCAUUCUCCAUCGAAUGACCAUGACUUGGAACAGCUAUACAAAGAGGGAAAUUACAAAUCUUCCAUUUGAUUGGAAUUCUCUGUUAAUUUGCCUGUUUGCGAUGAUGGAAUAGUUGUCUGUUGUACAAGAAAGGAAGAGAGAAAGAAAGGAGUGUGAGAACUGGUCCUUGGCAUUCAAAUGGACCAUCAUUGGUGAAUGGAUCUCAUGUCCUUUUACUCUAAUGUCUCUUGCAAGUCGAGAUUACUCUCUUUGUGACUUUUGCAGUUAUUUUGUACGUGAAUGCCUUGUUUUUACAUAUCUUUAUGUUUUGUGAGUUGUGUAUGUAUGUAUGUAUGUAUGUAUGUAUGUAUGAAUGUACAUGUUCGUCUAUGAUAUCAUAAGUUUUUGUUUUAUUUUUAAUGUUCA